GAGAGAGAGAGAGAGAGAGAGAGAGAGAGCAAUGGAGAAGGCAAUUUUUAGACAGAGGAUUCUGCUCGAACACCUUCAGCCGACUGAUUCCUCUUCUCAUGGAUCUUCUCUUUCUUCUUCGAUUUGUAUAGCUGGAGAUAGUGCUGCUUACCACAGGACGGCUGCUUUUGGAGAUGAUGUUGUCAUUGUGGCUGCGUAUCGUACUGCCAUAUGCAAAUCCAAACGUGGCGGCUUCAAGGACACUCUUCCUGAUGAUUUACUUGCUUCUGUUCUUAAGGCAGUGAUUGAAAAAACGAACCUCAACCCGGCUGAAGUGGGGGAUAUAGUUGUUGGUACCGUCUUGGCCCCGGGCUCUGAAAGAGCAACUGAAUGCAGAAUGGCUGCAUUUUAUGCUGGUUUUCCUGAAACUGUUCCAGUAAGAACUGUCAACAGGCAGUGUUCAUCUGGUCUUCAAGCUGUUGCUGAUGUAGCUGCCUCCAUAAAAGCUGGGUUUUAUGACAUAGGCAUUGGGGCAGGAUUAGAGUGCAUGACACUUGACAAUAUAAGUAGAGUAAAGAAUACUAAUCCGAGGGUACAAAGUUUUGCACAAGCCCGUGAUUGUCUUGUCCCAAUGGGUAUUACUUCCGAAAACGUUGCAGAACGUUAUGGAGUGACUAGGCAAGAACAAGACCUUGCUGCUGUUGUAUCUCAUCAGCGAGCUGCUGCUGCUACUGCAACUGGAAAGUUCAAAGAUGAAAUUAUCCCUGUUUCCACAAAGAUUGUAGACCCUAAAACUGGAAUCGAGAAGCCUGUAGUCAUAUCUGUUGACGAUGGAAUUCGCCCAAAUACAAAUAUAGGGGACCUGGCUAAGCUAAAGCCUGCUUUCAGGAAGGAUGGAUCCACAACUGCAGGAAACGCUAGCCAGAUUAGUGAUGGAGCAGGAGCAGUUCUUCUCAUGAAGAGAAGCGUUGCUGUUCAGAAGGGAUUUCCGAUCCUUGGUGUAUUCAGGAGUUUUGCUGCUGUCGGGGUGGAUCCUGCUGUCAUGGGAAUUGGCCCGGCGGUUGCAAUUCCGGCUGCUGUGAAAUCUGCUGGUCUGGAUCUUGAUGAUGUUGAUUUGUUUGAGAUAAAUGAGGCAUUUGCAUCCCAAUUUGUAUACUGCAGAAAGAAGCUCAAUCUUGACCCUGAGAAAGUAAAUGUCAAUGGAGGAGCAAUUGGUCUUGGUCACCCAUUGGGUGCAACAGGUGCACGCUGUGUUGGUACACUACUGCACGAGAUGAAGCGCAGGGGUAAAGAUUGCCGGUUUGGUGUUGUAUCAAUGUGCAUAGGUUCAGGAAUGGGUGCUGCGGCUGUUUUUGAAAGAGGGGAUUGUGUUGAUGAUCUGUGCAAUGCUAGGGCUGUGACCAUCACCAACUUUUUGUCCAAGGAUGCUAUAUAAUGCUAUGAAUUUAUGUACAAUAUUUUUGUAAUACACUACCCGCUUGAGUAUUGUGUCUGAAUAUUGAAACAAAGGAAAAUAAAUUUGAAUCA